GGCAGGUACGGUGGCCGCGGGGGUACCGUUGCUCUCCGCUGAAGCGCCGGCGGUUCGCCAUGAUCUCCGAAGAUGAUGAAUUAAACCUUCUAGUUAUCAUAGUUGAUACGAACCCAAUUUGGUGGGGAAAACAAGCUUUGAAAGAAUCUCAGUUCACAUUAUCAAAAUGCCUGGAUGCUGUCAUGGUGAUGGGAAAUUCUCACUUAUUUAUGAAUCGUUCCAACAAACUUGCUGUGAUAGCAAGUCAUAUUCAAGAGAGUCGAUUCUUGUAUCCUGGAAAGAACUGGAAAUUUGGAGACUUAUUUGGUGAUCCUGGCAACAGCUCUGCUGAGUAUAAUCCUUCAGGUAGUAAGGAUGGAAAAUAUGAGUUAUUAACUGCAGCAAAUGAAGCAAUUACUGAAGAGAUUAAAGAUCUCAUGACCAAAAGUGGCAUGGAAGGGCAACGAACAGAAACACUGUUGGCAGGAUCUCUAGCAAAAGCACUUUGUUAUAUUCACAGAAUGAGCAAGGAAGUAAAAGAUAACCAAGAAAUGAAGUCGAGAAUAUUGGUCAUUAAGGCUGCAGAAGACAGUGCAUUGCAAUAUAUGAACUUCAUGAAUGUCAUCUUUGCAGCACAGAAACAGAAUAUUGUGAUUGAUGCUUGUGUCUUAGAUACUGAUUCAGGGCUCCUCCAACAGGCCUGUGACAUUACAGGGGGCGUAUACUUGAAGGUGCCCCAGAUGCCGUCGCUGCUUCAGUAUUUAUUGUGGGUAUUUCUUCCGGAUCAAGACCAAAGGUCUCAGUUAAAUCUCCCACCUCCUAUUCACGUUGACUACAGAGCUGCUUGCUUCUGCCAUAGAAAUCUCAUUGAAAUUGGUUACGUCUGCUCUGUAUGUCUGUCAAUAUUCUGCAAUUUCAGCCCUAUUUGCACUACAUGCGAGACAGCUUUUAAGAUUUCACUGCCUCCUGUUCUGAAAGCCAAGAAGAAGAAAUUAAAAGCAUCUUCCUAGUGACCAAAAAAACCCCCCAAACACUUAAUCCUUGUUUCUCCAACCUUUUUCCUGCAGUAGAGAUUUUAACUGAGAAAUCUGUGCUGAAGAUGUUGUUAAAAGAAAUGAGAACAGUACACAUAUAGCUGUAUUUAUGUGGCUAGUCCUUUAAGGGCAUUUUUUCAAGAACAAAUUUCUCUUGUGUCUCCAGGGGGAGAGAGGCGGUUGGGGAGGUAGUGCUCCUGGGUAACAUGACGGAGGAACACUUAACUCACCUCUGAAUUUUUAAAACACUUAUUUUCAGUUGAGUUCAAUAAGUAUUAAGCUGUUUACAACGUACAUGGGUGCUAUGUAUGAUCAUUUCUAGGGUAAUCAUUUAUUAAAGUAGCUGCUGUGUUGAUUACCAAUGUUAGCACACGAAUGUCUUAUCUCAGUCUGGUUCUCUUUUGUGAAAAGCAGCAUGUGUGGAAUUUUCACCUAAUUAUGACAAUUUAAACACAUUUUUUACUCCCCCUGGCUCUUGUGGCUUUCAUCAAGAGAGAGCCUCUUCCUUAUUAAGUAGCCAGCUAUUAGCUUUUGCUGUAGAAAUGUAAAUAAAGUUCACCAUUCUUUAAUUUGCUACUCAUUCUCCCUCUCCGACAUUAGCAAGUGUUUGGUACUUAACCUUGAAAAAGUCUUGACUAAGUAUAGCUAUUUUUACCCAAAUAAUAAUCAUCGAGUGAUUACAUAACCUUUAUUUUUUAAUAAAUUAGGAAAGUGAACAUUGUGUGGCAGGUGCACAAAUGCUUUCUUUGUAUACGGUUGCCUGAGAAGGGUGUUGCUGAAAGCUACCUGGGGGCAUUAAAGGCAGUUUCCAGGCAAAUGGGAAGGCUCUCCCAGGCCCCAGAGUUUUCCCUUGACAUGACUCUUUCGUCAUUUUAAUCAUUUACUAGAAAAAUCUGUGAGCGUCUUCACCCUUCUAUUGCAGUCUUUCUUAAAUUCAAAAGAAAAUGAUUUUUAAAUUCCAUUUUAGAGAAAUGACUUUUCCAUAAACACCUGAAGUUAUUGAAAGUUCUUUUGUCUUCCAGUUUAUCGAAGAAGGAUUAGGGGAAAGGAAAAUUAUGGAACCAAAUAAGAAAAUUUUCUUAGCAUAAGACUUUUCUUGUUUCCCAGAGACACCAGACUAGUAAUUAAAUUCUAUUUGCGGCAGGGACUCAGACCGACUUUUCUGGUUUUGUUAAAGACGGUAGUAAAAAUGUUUGUGAUAAUUUUUGUAAGCGUUUAUUCUUUUAAAAGCCCUUGAUCUUUCUACUGUGUUAGAAUGUGGUUGUUUUAAAACUGUUGUUAAAUCUGGUGGGAAGAGGCGCUGAGCAGGACUGCGGUGCAGUGGGGGGAAGAGUCCUAGAGUUGGAGUCAAAGGACCUGUGUUCAAAUCCUGACUACCACUGGACCUUGAGUUUCCUUAUAUAAUAAGGGAGUUAGCCAUCACCUCUUAGAUUCUUUCCAGCUCUAAAUCUUUGAUCCUGUAAGUUGUGACCAUGGAGGAAUCAUUUCAUUUCCCCGAGCCUUAGUGCUCUCAUCUGUAAAAUGGGAAUUAUAAAUCUGUCUACUUCACAAGGCUGUUGUGAGGACAGUGUUCUGUAAAAACUGUAAAGUGCUAUGUAAAUAUGAGCUGCUGUUAUUCUCAUACUGCGCAUUUGGAUGUAAUGGGGGUCAUUGUUUUAAGUCUAGCAAACAGUUGGUGCCUAUAAGAGCUUCAGAUGUUCAAAGGAUCAGAAAAAUUUCAUAACACUUGAAUCAGGAUUUUCUUUUCCCUUGUCUCAUUCAAAAACUUACUAAUUCAAUUC